AAAACUUUUAAUUUAAAAAAUAAAAAAUGUCCGGUUGACAUAAACGACGACGUGUAAGAAAUUAGACCUUCUUCUUCUUCCUCCCUGUCAUGUUAUCACUUCCCUUCUUCUUCCUUUUCAGUUCAUUCACAUUCACCAACUUCUCACUUAUUAGCGUUCGAUAAACACGCAGAAAAAUGUCGACGCUACUUCUACCCACACCUCCUCACCUCGGCUCAGUUUACCGACGCAACACUUUAUCACAAUCAUCAUCAUCAUCUUCUUCUUCUUAUUCUUCUACUUUCUCACUUCAAUUUCACCCUCGAUUCUCUUUUUCUUCUUUUCCCCAAACGCGUACAAGAAGAUGCAUUUCCCCUCGCGCUUUCGAUUCUUCCUCCGACUCCAAAAUUGAAGAAGAAAAGGAAAGUGAAAAAAUUAGAAUCGCUGAUGAGGAUUAUCCUAGUGGUGAGUUCGAAUUUAAACCUAUUACUGGAUGGAGGAAAUUUCUUGUUCAGGUUAAGAUGUUGUUUGCGUUUCCAUGGGAACGUGUUCGUAAAGGCAGUGUCCUUACAAUGAAGCUUCGUGGCGAGAUAUCUGAUCAAGUGAAGAAUAGGUUCUCUUUGGGACUUUCUCUACCACAGAUUUGCGAGAAUUUUUUGAAAGCAGCCUACGAUCCUCGCAUUUCUGGGAUCUAUCUCAAUAUUGAUGGUUUAAACUGUGGGUGGGGUAAAGUUGAAGAAAUUCGAAGGCACAUAUUGAAUUUCAAAAAAUCAGGGAAAUUUGUUGUGGCUUAUGUUCCUACAUUUCAAGAAAAAGAAUAUUACCUUGCGUGUGCAUGUGAAGAGAUAUAUGCCCCUCCUAGUGCUUACUUUACUUUGUUUGGAUUUAGUGUUGAAGCCUCAUUCCUCAGAGGUGUUUUUGAUAAAAUAGGAGUUGAACCGCAGGUAGAAAGGAUUGGCAAGUACAAAAGUGUUGGAGAUCAAUUAGCUCGAACGACCAUGUCUGAUGAAAAUUGUGAGAUGUUGACUGCUUUGCUUGAUACCAUCUAUACAAACUGGCUGGAUAAAGUCUCUUCUGCCAAAGGAAAGGGUAGAGAAGAUAUUGAGAACUUCAUAAAUGAAGGUGUUUAUGAAGUUGAUAAGCUGAAAGAAGAGGGCCUUAUAUCAAAUGUAAUAUAUGAUGAUGAGGUUACUGCCAUGCUGAAGGAGAGACUUGGAGUGAAAGCCGAAGACGAACUGCCUACGGUAGAUUACAGGAAAUACUCUCGUGUUAGGAAAUGGACAGUUGGAAUAUCAGGUGGCAAAGAACAGAUAGCCAUCAUCCGGGCGUCAGGGAGCAUUAGUCGAGUUAAGAGUCAGUUAAGUUUUUCUAGCUCAGGGAUUGUUGCAGAGGAGUUCAUUGAGCAGAUUCGCACCGUGAGAGAGUCAGAAAAAUUUAAGGCCGCUAUUAUCAGAAUUGACAGUCCUGGAGGUGACGCUCUUGCCUCUGAUUUGAUGUGGAGGGAAAUUCGGCUUUUAGCUGCUUCAAAACCAGUUAUUGCUUCAAUGUCUGAUGUGGCAGCAAGUGGAGGAUACUACAUGGCAAUGGGAACUGAUGCUAUUGUUGCCGAAAGUCUUACCAUAACUGGUUCAAUUGGAGUGGUCACAGGAAAGUUUAACCUUGGGAAACUGUAUGAGAAAAUUGGCUUUAAUAAAGAAAUUAUAUCAAGGGGAAGAUAUGCUGAGGUCAUGGCUGCUGACCAGCGUUCUUUUAGACCAGAUGAAGCAGAGCUAUUUGCAAAAUCCGCACAGAGUUCUUAUAAAGGAUUUCGAGACAAGGCAGCUUUAUCCAGAUCAAUGACUGUGGAAAAGAUGGAGGAGGUAGCACAGGGGAGGGUUUGGAUUGGUAAAGAUGCGGCAUCACAUGGCUUGGUUGAUGCUAUUGGUGGUCUUUCUCGAGCUAUUGCCAUAGCAAAAUUGAAGGCCAACAUACCUCAAGACCAACAGGUUACUGUUGUGGAGAUAUCCGCAUCAAGUUCCUCUCUACCUGGAGUUUUAUUUAACGGAGUGAGUUCCCUAACUGGAGUCGUAAACAUGUUGAAGGAGCUGCUACAGGGGUUGACAUUUUCUGAUGGAGUUCAAGCCAGGAUGGAUGGAAUCAUAUUUCGUUCAGUGGAAGGUUAUCCUAACGCUAACUCCAUUUUGUCAAUUAUAAAAGACUAUAUUAGUACCCUGUAGUUUUUUUUAUAAUUCAUUGCAAGCAUUUUAUCCCAUUUUGUUUCUAUAGUUUUCCUUGUAUUUUUCAUUAUUUUUAGUUUGCCCGAGGGAUAACAGAUGAGAAAUUGUUGUAUAUUGUAAGAUAUGUAGAAUUAUUAGAGCAAAAAUUAAGGUUUACAAACAUUAAACUAAAA